AAUCUCAUCUAUUUUUUCAUUUAUAAUAGCUUAUAGAAUAAGAGCUACUAAAUUGUUAAGAGAGAAGAUCAAAACAACCUAUAAUAACUAAAAACAAAGUAUAUUUAAAAAUAUGUUUAAAUGUAAAUAUGGUACGUGUAGCUUUUAAAAAGUAUGUUAAUAGCUUUACUAAACCAUCAAAAUGAAUGAUUCAUUAAAACAUGGAGAAAAAAGCUUUUGCAUCAAGAGUAUUAAAAGAUUGGUUCCAGUUCCUAACAUAACACCAAUUGAAAAUUUCAAUUUUUCCGAUGCAUUAGAGUCUGUUUAUCCCUUAUUACAUAUAAUAUUUGAUUAUCUAGAUUGCAAUGAUUUACGAACAUGUAGCAAAGUGAAUAAGACUUGGAAAGAUGUGGCAGAAAAUAUUUUAAUAAAGAGAAUACAAUUCAGCUGGUUCACUUGUUAUAAAUCGGAAAAAUCGAAUAUUUUUGAAUACAGUUACAACCUUAAUUAUAAUAAUGUAGGAUUUGGAAUAAUUUUUUAUGAUUUUAGGAGAAUCAAACUAAAUAAGUUUAUAUGCAUACAUUCAUUAUGGGGGGAAUUAUCUAGAAAAUCAGUUCCAGAAUAUUUCGAAGACGAAUUGGUUCCAUAUAAAACUAAUUACUGUGUAAUAUCUUGCCCAAAAGUUAUAUCACUAUUCAAUAUUAAGGGUAAAAAUCUAUGUCAAGCUUCAUAUUUUGACGGAUUAUUUUUUCCUAAUAUACCUAAUAUUAGGAUGACAAUGUUUCACUGUAAUCCAGUCAAGAAAGAAAAUUUACAAACUAUCACUGAAGCAUACAUUAACUCAAACGAAGAAAUCAAAUGUUUAUUGAUGUUUUCUACAACAGAUCAGAAGAAGUCGAUAUAUAAUUUAUUGAAGCUGCUUAUACCAGAGAAUGAAGCUUCUACAGUGGCUGUAGGGGGAGGGAUAAUUAGAGGAACAAAAACCUUUCGACAAAUUCAACCUCCAACAUAUGCUACAAAACGUAUAUAUUCUUGUAAUGAUAUAUUUUCCAUAGUUUUUUUAAAAGAAAAAGAUGUUCAAGCAGAGUUUAAUGCUUUUUCAUAUGUUAUAUUCGGAGAUGAUUUGUCCAAAGAUGAAUUCACAGAGGAAAUUAUGAAGUUCAAACAACAAAUAUUAUUAAGGACUAACACUGUAGCACUUCGGAUAUGUUGUUCUGCGAAAAUUGAUGCUGAUGAAGAACCGCUUCUGUUCAGUAAAAUAUUUCCGGGGAUACCAAUUUUUGGCUUUCACGCUGAUGGUGAAAUUGGUUGGAAUUGUAUCCUAACAGCCAGUAAAAGAGAAGAUUUAGAAGAAAGUUCUGCAAAGAAGGCGAAACACAAAUAUCCAAAAGUCAGUCAUCAAUGGUCGACAGUAUUCGUGGUAAUUACUUGGGGUAGUGUAUUGUCAUAAAACUGUCAUUUAACUUAUUAAUAAUGUAAAAAAGGUGUUGGUUUGUUUUUAAAUGUCAAAUCUUCAAAUCUCAUGUAUGAAGGCUAUAUUUUGCUAACCCCGGUAGAUUAAUAUACAAUGCUCAAAAAAUUUUUUUUCAAGUAGAAUUGGAAAGUAUCUGUUAGUUCUAUGUCCAAAAAAUUAAUAGAUGUUAAUAUCGAUGUUUAUUAGUACAUUUGUUUAUAAAUAUGUUUAAUAUUGAAAAGUUUUUCUUCAAAAAAAUUAACUUGAUGAAAUAUUUGUCUUUCGUAACCAUGGAAAAAGUAUUUUGGAACUAAUCAGAAAGAUAUAGGGUGUUUUAUUAAUGAUUGUAAAUAUUUUAACUAUUGAGUCUUCAGUAAAAAAUAUUAAUUUCAAAUCCGGUCAAUGAAACAAUUAUUUUUUGAUGAAAAAUCAUUUUUGGAUAUUUUUGAACCUUUUGUGAUAUUCACAGUUCACUUCUACCGCAACACCAUCACUUUUAUGCGGGUUUCAAUAACCAAGUUAUAGUCUUCAGAGGCCGAAUGUAAAAUUUACCUUAAUGGUAGUAGUAAACAGUGAGUUCAAUAUGAAAAUUGUAUAAAUUUUCUACAGUCUCUUUUGACUGCAUACACGUUUUUCAAUCCGAACUAAAAACUCAGAUGUCAAAAUCAUCUAAAUAAAUGUUCUUCGUAGUAUGAUUUCAUCAUUGGAAUCAAUUAUGUUAUUGAUUAUUUCUGUGAAGAUUGAAAUUCCUUUUCCUCUGUGAUGGAUUUCAUAUACCAUUCUUCUCAUUUAAGAUAGAAUGUUUAUUUUUAUCCUCUACUUGAAAUUCUUGAAAAAAAGAUGAAGUCUUUAAAAAAGUUAGGUUAAGUUGAUAGGAUAGAUUGUUUGGAGUUUACUUGGAGAUCUAAGGUCCAUUUUUUCUUUCACGUCAUAGUGUCCAGUACCCACAUCAGUGACUAUAUAUUAUCACCAAUCCAGGACAGUGUCUUAGAACAGCUCAUUAUCACUUAUUUAAAGGCUAUCUGUAUGUGUUUUUGCUUGAUUCACUAACAGUCUAGAAGCUAAUAAUAAGAUCAAUGGGUACGUGUUUUAUUGUUAUACCUGGUGAACUUACAUUGGCACCCGUAAAAAUUUCUUCAGAUUAGGAAACAAAAAUAGUCACUCAAGGCUAAAUCUGAAGAAACUUGCGGUAGAGAGAGUAAUUCAUAGAGUAUGAACUAUUUUCUUGGCACAUAAUUUAGAAACUAAUCGCUUGGGCCUGUUCUAUUCCACUGGUUGUAACUAUAAAUGUAUAUUUAACAUAAUUGAGCGAAGCUCCUGUUAAAAAUAAGUCAAAUUUACAUUUAAUAACUGAGCAGCAUAUAUUCAGUCAUCACUAUCGAAUCCUGUAUAAUUAUUUAUUUAAAAUAAAAGGAAUAGAGUUAGAAAAUUAAUACAGUUAACUGAAGGUAUUGGUCUACUCUAUAACUGCUCCACAGUUAAUAGAAAAUAUCACAACCAAAAAUGAAAAUAUUUCCAAAAAAAAUUAACAUUAAGUAAUAAAACUUAAAAGUAGACUGUAAAAUUGGAUUCCUUUAUGUAUUAAUCUUUGUAUACAUCACUGUUAUUUUCAAGUUGGUUAUUGAUUUUUUCCUCUUCUUUUUUCUCCACAUUCACGACUAUUAUUUAUUAUAGAGGCUGUGGGCUUUUCUAUCUAUGGGGCCCUGGGCUAUAGCUCAAAAAGACAUUUCGUAGAACUAUCCAUGGAUACAUAUUGGGUUUAAAAAUGAAAUAACGUAAAAUUAUGUAUUUGUAUAAAGUAUUUUCAUAUUUCUGUCUUGAUAUAAUCAAAAGUAAAAUUUAUAAUUCAAAAUCCGAUGGGUUUAAAUAGGAAAAGGGGGCACAUUUGACCUAUUUUGGGAAAUAGUGUCAAAUUAACUUCCAUUGCUGUAUGCACAGUAAACUAUAGACAUUUGUACUUAUUUAUGUACUUACCAAUUAUUUUUAUUCGACUGUAUCUCAAUUUGCAAAAUUUACAACAACCGAAUAUGCGCUUCAAGCAUUAUCAACCGUACAGUGGGACAGUUUGAACAUAAAUUGAAAUAAAUUUUUUUUGAAAUUUAUUGAAUGUUGUAACACCAUUACAAAUCUUACCUAAUUCACUUUUUAUGAUGAAAUAAAAGCAGUUGAUUGUGCCACCCUUUUCCCUACCGAGUAUGACAUUGACAAAAGCAACAAUUUGUUAUGAAGGACAGAAAUAUUGAAACAAAGUUUGUAGUAAUUUCAAGUAUUUUUUUGUAUUUUCUUUUUUUAUAAUCAUGUAUAGUAUUAUGUAAGUAUUAAAAAUUUUUACAUUUUACAAUAAAGCUUGUUGACUUUAA